AUGGAGCCCUUGCAGAUUCCACUGAGUGCUCUUUCCAUUACCAGGCAGCAAGAGGCUCUGGGUCCGACGCUGGGCAACACGGCAUCGAACGAUUCCUUCGUGGCUGUCACAGAUAACAUGAAUGAUGAAUCAUGUGACAGCGACAGCGGAGAUGAUCCGGAUAUUUUGGUCGAUGAUAUCUUGAAGCCGUACAGAGCACAUGAGAGUCGGAAACGUCAACGUAGUACAUCAUCUGAGCAGAGUUCCUAUGGCCAGGCUUCAUUGCCAUCACCUUGUAAGGGUCCAAAACGGAGUGAAAUUGGCGAAACAAACACUCGUUCUGCCCAGAAUAUGACUGUGCUCUUCUCCGAUCACCCAAUAUUUGGAACGGGCUUAUUGGACCAUAAGACCCUUCCUCAACUUCCACCUCCCAGUUGGGCAACAUCCUCGCCUAUGGCCCUCCAGACUCUGACCAGAGAGUUGAAACAGGUUCAUACUAUUCAAUCACAGAAUCAUGCCGCAUCACUAGGCUGGUCUGUCGACACGUCAGCCAUUGACAAUCUCUUCCAGUGGAUCGUUCAGUUUCACUCUUUUGAAUCGGGUCUUCCUCUUGCCAUGGACAUGGAAUCGAGGGGAAUAAAAAGUAUUGUCUUAGAAGUUCGCUUCGGUUCCAACUUUCCUAUGAGUCCACCGUUCGUGAGAAUUAUUCGACCUCGCUUCUUGCCGUUUCUAGAAGGGGGCGGUGGUCACGUCACGGCGGGAGGAGCGAUUUGCUCUGAGAUGUUGACCAACUCAGGCUGGUCUCCGGCCAUGAGCAUGGAGAUGGUGUUUCUACAAAUUCGCCUGGGCCUUUGCGAUAUAAAGCGUCCAGCAAGGCUGGACACAUGGCAAAGGGGUGACAAUGACUAUGGUAUUGCAGAGGCUGUAGCAGCCUAUAUAAGAGCAGCUGUAAACCACGGAUGGGAUGUACCCGAGGAUCUAGAAAAUAUUCAUGCCGAGUGGGGGAUGCCUCCAGCUAGCUGA